AUUAGAAAAAAAACUAAUGUUUACAUGGCGGCGAGGGAUGGUUUGCUGUUCUGAAUAUAUAUUAGUUUUUAGAAUUCAUUUUGAAGACCAACUGAGUAGUCCAAAAAAAAGUAAAUAAUUAAAUUCAAUUAGUACUAUCUUAUAGGUAUUGGAUCCAGCAUCCAGCUAACAUGGGAAUGUCACGGUGUUAUUCUUUGAUGAAAUGCUUGCUGAUACUUUUCAACAUAAUAUUUUUGUGCGUGGGCGCGGGCGCGUGCGGGUUCGCGGCGUGGGCGCUGUGGGACGGCGGCGCGCACGAGGCGGCGGCGGCGCGCGCCGGGCUGUGCGCGCUGCUGGGCUGGGGGCUGGCGCUGGCGCUGGGCGCGCUGGCGGCGCUGGCGGGCGCGGCGCGCGGCUCGGGCGCGCUGCUGGCGGCCGCCGUGGCGCUGCUGGCGCUGACGGCCGUGGCCGAGGCGGCGGCGGCGUGGUGGGGCGCCGCGCACCUGCCGCAGCUGCGCCUGGCGCUGCUGCAGCGCCUGGACCACACCGUGCGCGCCGACUACGGCGUCAUUCACGCUCGCACGCAGCUCGUGGACGCCAUUCAGCAUGGGCUGGAGUGCUGCGGCGCGGGCGACGCGCGCGACUGGCAGGGCUCGGCGUGGGCGCGCGCCGGCGCCGCGCCGCUGGACCUGUCCGUGUCCGCGCCCGCCGCCUACUACUACGUGCCGGCCUCCUGCUGCGCCACGGAGGACGCGGCGGAGUGCGCGCGCGCGCGGCGCGUGCCGUGGGCGUCGGGCGGCGCGCGCGGGCUGCACGCGGCGGCGUGCGGGCCGCGCGUGCUGGCGGCGCUGGAGCGCGCGGCGCGGGCGCCGCUGCUGGCGGGCGCGGCGCUGCUGGCGGCGCACGCGGCGGCGCUGCUGCUGGCGGGCGCGCUGGCCGUGCGCGCGCAGCCCGACCACCGCUACAAGGCCUAAGGAGCCGCGUCGCCGGCGUUCACCACUGAUCGACCUUUCGAUUCGAAUUACGCGUCGACGUCCCUCUGCUGAUUUUCCUAUACGGUCUCCGAUUCUCCGCUUCGCCCGAGAGGACGAAAACGGAUAAAGGUUACCGUAUCCGUAAAAUAUAAUUUACUAUCAUAAAUAUUAAAUUCUAUUAGAAACUGAAGCUGUCCAAUGAAAAAUUAAAUAAAAAUACCAUCAUACCAUCGCCGAGAGGAUGAUGUGAUAAGGAAAUUCUGAAAGCGAUGUAGGCUGAUUUGAAUUGAACAAUGAACAGUGGUUAACUUGACGCGAGCACACGCCCACCGCAGUGUUCCGGCGCAGCAGCCCCUGUGGGUUGGAGAUCAAUAAUAUUGCUGCGCUAAUGUUUUUCUAUAGUUCAUUUUUUGAUCAACAUCAAGUGUGGUGACACUUACCUGGUGGAUUAUCAAUACAAAAACACAAAUACAAUAUUACUUAAAAAUUAAUCUCUAAGGAAUAAGAAUGAAAUUAAAGCUAGAUUAGAUAUUAAAAUAGAUAAAAAUAAAAUUACUCAGCUCAAGAUUUCCGCUUUGUGACGCCGCGCAGGCAUCAGUACUACUACUACUACUUAUGACGGCGUCAUAAAGCGGAAAUCUUAAGCUACGUAAUUUUAUCUAUUUUAAUAUUUAAUUAUGGAUUUCCGCAAAGUAACGCCUGAUAUUAUAACUAAUUAUAUGAAAUGAAAGUACCUUAUUGAAAUAAUAAUUUUACUGUCUGAUAUUAUUGUAUCAAUUUAAAUAUAUGUUUUUAAGAUUAAACUAUAUUGAACCAUGACGUAGUUGUGCCAUAACAUUUUAUUUAAUAUAAGAAAAUAGUUUAAAAUUCGCUAACUCAAAUUAGUUUAACAUUCCGCACUGGACUACAAAACGCAUUUAUUUUGUGAUUUGAAUGAAGUACAUUCUUUUCAAGACUGACGUGAUUAGAAAAAAACAUUAGUUUGAUUGGCACAUUUUUAAAAGCACUUGAUAAAUGAAGAUAAUUAACGAAAAGUUCUAUAACUAAUAAAAUAAACUUUCUUCUUUAAAUUUUUCGGACGGUAAAUAAUAGUACAUACAUUAAAUUUAAGUUAUGUAACAUAAACACCAAGUGCGCCGCUAGAUAAUAAUAAACACAUACAGCAUAUUUCGGUUUAUUUUGGAGUAAUUCGAUUGCAAAUGAGAGAGUAACAGGCCCCUUAAUAUUUCAUAUUUACUUAUGUCGCGUUUUAUUUUUAUGUUAUUGAAAAGUUUAUAUUUGCCAGAAUCAAUACUAAUUAAAAUUUAUUAAAGUUUGUAACUUUGUACCUAUGCAUAAAUGUUUACAAAUACACAAAUUAUACAUAUGAUUGUAUUAAAAAUAGGCUAAGAUAGAAACGUAACCAAAUGUGUGUUAGAAGUUGUAAGCUUAUAACUCUAUUCAUUUAUCAAAAAAUAUUAUAUAUUUUUUUAUAACAAGCAAGUUGGUGUCGAGCUUCCACAGUGCCACUAUUUACUGGGUCUAAAUACGUUCAUCAACAGUGAUCCUUAUAAUGAUAUCAAAGAGUUACCUUCUUGUUCAUUCACUUUCUACAUAAUCAUUUCAUAUCUACGUGUUGAAUGUUAUUAUUGAUUGAAAAUGUUAUUGCCACUGUUAGCUUUAUGAUGAUGUAAUAAUUUAGUAGUCUGAUAUCUUGUUGAAUAGACUUACUGUAGGUAGGUAGUUACCAGUACAUAAAUUAAUAUUAAAUUAUUUAUUACAAACAUGUAUUAAUUUGGUUUCAAACUGGACUAAAUUCUAACAUACUAACAUUAUAGUGUAAACUCUAUAACGACACUUAAGGAACUGAGCAUUUUUCGACGUUAUAGAGUAUAGAGUGAUAGUUAAAUCUUGUAACCUUAUAAAGAUUUAUUGUCAACUUUAAAGAAAGGAAAACGCAUUUAUUGAGUACCUAUUCUUCCUCCGAGUCGCCAGUUGAGUAUAAGUACUAGUACUAGGUACGUACAUAAUUACGUGUUCUACUAAUUUAAAAAAUAUAUGUAUAGCUGUACCUACCUGUAAUUCCUGUAAAUAAAUAUCUCACACUUAAGAAUUUAUACAAAAUGUUCAAUCAUAAAUUUCGUUCUCCUUUUAUCUGUAAAGUUUGCUUUGAGUAUAUGUAAUACUCUUCUACUAUAAUCUUUGUAACUUUUCGUUUCCUCCCAAACAAAUAAU